CAUGAAAAUUGGUUUUCAUAAAAAUGACAUCACUUUAUCAUUUUUAGUUGGUACUCCAUAAUUUUACUUUAAUUACAUAAAUACUGUAUUUAUAGCAAAACCAAACACAAAAAAAAAAAGGAAUCGGACAAAAACCAAGUGAAACCAGAAACCCUCAGACUGAAAUUGGUAUUGGCCGGUGGAGGAUGGGAGCAGAGACAAACGGAGUUGCAGAGAAAGUCGACGACUUGCUGGAGGCUGCUAGAUACAAUGAUAUUGAUGAUCUCAGAACCUUGGCCUCUGAUGGUCUCUCUCUUCACUCUCGUGAUUCACAAGGCCGAACAGCCCUGCAUAUGGCCGCAGCGAAUGGACAUAUGACUAUAGUGGAGUAUCUUAUCAGUGAAGGAGUGGAUAUCAACGCUCUUAACGAUGAGAACAAUGCUCCUCUACAUUGGGCAUGCUUGAAUGGCCAUGUCGAGGUGGUAAAGAGAUUGAUCUUGGCUGGAGCAAGUCUAAGUCUUUUGAAUCGGUACGAGAGAACUCCAAUGGAUGAAGCUAUUGGUGCGGAGAAGAUGGAGAUUAUAGAUGCUAUUAACACAACUGUUGCCCAAAUGGAACUUGAAAAUACCAGUAUGACAUGACUUUUCAGACAACUUCAUCCUCAGCAUCCUAAAUGUUUUCUCUCUGUCUCUCUGAAUUAAAGAUGAGUUUUUGUAUUGUGGGAUUGUUGAUUUGAUACCUAGUCUAGUUGUUAGAACUGGAAUCAUAUGAAUUCAAAAUCUUUGGUUGCAAUAUCCAUAACCCCAAACUUGUUCAAUUAGUUUUGGGCUGGACCAGUUUGGGUUUUGGUUUCA